CGAGGGACCAGGAGGAGGCUUCUCUGAUGCUGAGGGUUAGGCAGGGAGCUAGGAUAAAUGUACUGGAAGUCAUGAAAUCCAGUCAAGGUGCAUGCACCACAAAGCCUCAGGGGUGCCUGCACUGGAAUGUAACCAACAUCUGUUGGUUCCAUUACUGGCAAACAAGACAUACAACACACAAAUCCACCAACGCAAAUGAGUUCAGCUUUCCAUGCAGUCAGUGGUAAAUCAGAGUUCAAGCAAAAUCUGGAAUGGAUCUGAAUCCCUUUUUCCUUUUACAAAAGGUGUGAUGUACACAAGAGGUUUACCCAAUAGACAACCUGAUGAGGAACAUACUCAUCAUUCAAGUACAUUUUCUAACAUUAUACAUUUACAUCAUUUAGCAGACGUGCUUAUCCAGAGCGACUUACAAAUUGGAUAGAUGAUUGAAGAGUUGAGGCAUGGUUAGUUUCAGUUCGUGCUGCAUUUUGGUUCCCCUAAUAUUGUUUUCCUAUGUAUUUAUACAACUCAAUAUUAGGAAGGUAUUCUUAAUGUUUUGUACACUCAGUGUAUACUGGUUGAGAUAUUGGUCACAUUUUAUUUGGAUAGUCUGGAUUUUCCAUCUAUAGAUGCUCUACAGAUGGUCAUACGAUCAACAAACUAUCUGUUGACAAGCAACUGCUUGCUAAGGUUACGUUUAGGGUUAGGUUUAGAAUAAGAGUUAGGGUGGGUUAAGGCUAGGGUUAGGGUAAGGGUUAAGUUUAGGGUUAGGUUAAGGUUAGGGUUAGAGCUAGGGUUAGGGUUAGUAGAUAGUUAGUUGAAAUGUUACUGAUAGUCUGUAGAGCAUUUAUAGAUGAACUAUCCAAAUAAAGUGUCACAAAGAUAUCUUAACCUGGUUGUAAUAGAGACAAGUUAGUUGUAAUCUGGUUACAUUACUUCUUCUCUGUCAGAAAACCAUCUUACAACCAGAAAAUGACAACCAUUGUGUGUGUAUCAUCAUUAUCAAUUAACAAAGUUAAGAGGACCAUGUUUUUGGGCCAGUGAUGGGCUUCUAUGUUACGUGGACAUUCCUAAAUGAAGGCUACCAGAGGACCUCCUGGGUGGAGGUGAUGUCACUCUACGAGACAUGUAUAAAAGGCAGGCAGGAGAAGAGCCAGAUCCCACUCUCUCUCAGACUCUCCUAACCCUGCUACAGGAGCCUUCCCUGAUCCUUCUUAAAGACAGAGGGCAGAAUUUGGAUGAAGGACCUGGUCGAACCGCACCAGACUUCACACAGUGGCACCACACUUCAUAUACCUUUACCUGUCUGUCGCUGUAGAGACGUCGAAGGGCAAAUGAGAACAUGCUGCGGAUCCUGGUGUUGGUGAUUUCGCUGAGUGUGAGCAGUGACCUAGUAGCUGGUCAGAGAGGUAUGUCUAUCAUUAUUUUAGUAUCUUUAGUGAAAAAAACUUAAUAGCACAAAAUGUAUACUUUUAUGUCAAAAAUGUUUGGAGAGAUUCAAAAGUUAUUUCAAGUGGGUCUGGUAACACUGAUAACAGUGUCCUGAAUAAGUCAUUUAUAAAUGAUAAUAAAUGCUUCAUAAAUUAUUAUAAAUGCUUAUGAAUUGUAAUGCUUAUAAUGCUUAUACAUUUAUCUAAAUGUUUACAAAUAAUGAAAUACUAAAUUGUUUAUUAAUGCUUAUUAAUAAAUGUUAUUAUAAAGUGUUGCCAACUUCAGAGGCGUGAGAUAAUAUUUGUUUGAAGCCUGCACUUUUAUGCCUAUGAUAAAUGUCAAAUAAAUGUCCUGUCAAUGGCACGUAAAAUCAUAUUAGUCUAAAAUGCAAAGUCUAUUUGACAAUCAUCCCAAUUCAAUGUAACUAUUUUCAUUUAGCAUAUUCCUGAAAUAGAACACAAAUUAAUUCAGCAUCAAUUUGCUAAACUGAAUUCGUCAGUCCUAUCAUCUACAUGGCCAAUGGGCUGAUUCACUUUCACACUUUGAAAAACAAAUUGGCAGUUUAUGCUGUUGAGCAACUUGUCAGUCAGGCAAUGUGACUAAAUCACACCAGGCUAUCCCAGCAUCCUAUUCAUCUGGGACACCUCUUCCUUGGAAAGGCCCAGACCCCAGGGCCUGUAAAUCUAACUUCCACAGGAGUCCAUAAAUUAAGACUUAAAGUGAGUGACGAUGCCAUGAUUCUUGCCAUCAACUGUUAAACCAAACCACAGGCUGUGGCUGCUCUGUUCUUUCCAAGCUCCUGUUCUAUAUCUUUCACGUUGCAGUGAGUGUGAAAAAUAAGAAAUUCAAUUUCAAUCAAGUCUUUAUUAUCCCAUAUUUGAGAAAAUUGGUAUUGUAGCGGUAUUAAAAAACGAUUUGGCACAAAACCCACAACAUCUUAGUCUCUGUAUUUAUGUAUGCAUGUGAUUCAGGCCCACAGAUAGUCUUGGAAUGCCAGCUCCUGUGGCAGGGGGAUAGUAGUGCAGGUAGUAAAGAUGAUGAAUGGGCAGUGGAUGAUGUUGUUUUAUAAAGGGACAUCUGCAUAGUGCAUCCCCAACUCAUUGCAUAAUGAUGACUUGCGUCAGCCACAGAUGUGCAUCCAAGACAAUGUCACAGGAAGAGUAAUGAGGUACGAGCAGGAGGUUUGUGACCCACCUGACGUUCAGUUUCAACAUGAGGAGGACUUUGGUGGGGUUGACAUUAGUUAGAGUUUAUCUUGCCAUCCUAUAAUGGUAACACUCCAUUUACCUAAAAUGUAUAUCCUGUCUGCUGACUUGAGUUAUUUUGACUUUGGUUGAAACCGAGUGUGCUGGAAUAGGAAUACAAGUGGGAGUAUGUUUUCAAAGAUGAUCUGUCCAUUGCUAAUGUAUGAAACAACCAUAGCUGUGUGCACAUCCAUCGCUAAUAAAGUAUUGUGAAAUGUUUCAUUUUCAAACUCAGAUGGGGAAAUCAUUAAUCAGAUCAAGGGAACGAAUCAAGCUCUGGCUGAGAUUAAAGAACUGCUGAAGCAACAGGUAAAGUCACGUUUUGGACAUACAGGGCAACUCUUAUUGAGGAUGUUAGAUUCAGUAAAUGGUCCCAUGCAGUAUAAUGUGAACUAAUAGUGUAUUUGUACCCAGUGGUGUAAAGUACUUAAGUAAAAAUACUUGAAAAUACUACUUAAGUAGUUUUUUGGGUAUCUGUACUUUUCUUUAGUAUUUAUAUUUUUGACUACUUUUACUUCACUACAUUCCUAAAGAAAAGAAUGUACUUUUUACUCCAUAUAUUUUCCUUGACACCCAAAAGUAUAUUUUGAAUGCUUAGCAGGACAGGAAAAUGGUACAAUUCACGCACUUAUCAAUAGAACAUCCCUGGUCAUCCCUACUGCCUCUGAUCUGGCGGACUUACUAAACACACAUGCUUAGUAUGUAAAUGAUGUUGGAAUGUGCCUCUGGCUAUCCGUAAAUUUAAAAAAAAAUAAGAAAAUGGUGCCGUCUGAUUUGCUUAUUAUAAGGAAUUUGAUACUUUUGAUACUUAAGUAUAUUUUUGUAAUUACAUUUACUUUUGAUACUUAAGUAUAUUUUAAACCAAAUACUUUUAGACUUUUACUCAAGUAGAACUUUACUGGGUGUCUUUUACUUUUACUUGAGUCAUUUUCUAUUGAGGUAUCUUUACUUUUACUCAAGUAUGACAAUUGGGGACUUCUUCCACCACUGUUUGUACCUCCAUGCAGAUCCAAGAGCUUGUUUUCCUGAAGAACACAGUGAUGGAGUGUAAAGCCUGUAGUGAGUAGCAUUGGCCAGCCUGCAGAAAUAGAUAUUCCAGUUGGAUGUCAGUAAACAUUGUGUAAACAUCUAUUAAUCAAGCUAGAGCUCUUUCAGGCACAAAAUAUUAUUCCACAUUUUGUUGUGUUACAGUCUGAAUUCAACAUUGAUUAAAUAUAUUUAUUCUCACCCAUCUACACACAAUACCAAAUAAUGACAACGUGAAAACAUGUUUUUAGACAUUUUUGCACAUUUAUAAAAAAUGACUAAUUUACAUACAGUACCAGUCAAAAGUUUGGACACACCUACUCAUUCCAGGGUUUUAUUUAUUUUUACUAUUUUCUACAUUGUAGAAUAAUAGUGAAGACAUCAAAACUAUGGAAUAACACAUAUGGAAUCAUGUAGUAAAAAAAGUGUAUAUUUGAGAUUCUUCAAAGUAGUCACCCUUUGCCUUGAUGACUGUUGGAAAAGCAUUCCAGGUGAAGCUGGUUGAGAGAAUGCCAAGAGUGUGCAAAGCUGUCAUCAAGGCAUAGGGUGGCUAUUUGAAGAAUCUCAAAUAUAAAAUAUGUUUUGAUUUGUUUAACACUUUUUUGGUUACUACAUGAUUCCAUAUGUGCUAUUUCAUAGUUUUGAUGUCUUUUUUAUUCUACAAUGUAGAAAAUAGUAAAAAUAAAGAAAAACCCUUGAAUGAGUAGAUGUUCUAAAACCUUUGACCGGUAGUGUAAAUGUAAUCCAUUUUAAAUUCAGGCUGUAACACAACAAAAUGUGGAAAAAGUCAAGGGGUGUGAAUACUUUCUGAAGGCACUGUACAUUACACAUAGUACAGACAUCAAUAUCAACACCAUGAUUGCUAUUUCAAUUGCAUGUAAAUAUGGUACAUUAAUCAUACCAUUGUGCUCUCAUGUACUUUUUAAAAUCUAUCCAGCACAUACAUAAACGAAUGAAUAUGUCAUGGUAAAUGGAUCUGCAAUGGCAAAUGUAAACAAAUAGAAUAUGCCAUGUUUCAUAACCUGCAGAAGAUGGAGACAUUGUACAGGAGAGUGCUCCAGGUCUACUGGGUUGAUGUAUCAUCCUCUCCCCCCUAGGCAUGCGAGGUCCCCCUCGCACAUCCUGUGACCCUAACCCCUGCCACCCGGGGGUACAGUGCAUUGAGACCGCCGGGGGCAUCAAGUGUGGCCCCUGCCCUGAAGGCAUGGUGGGCAAUGGUACCCACUGCACUAAUGUGGAUGAGGUAGGACAGGACUCUUGAGCAAAAGGCACCCCAAAAUGUCACAUAGUAUUCUGUAGUGCAGGGAUCAACUGUAUCAGCGUUUCCCAAACUUGGUCCUCGGGACCUUAAGGGGUGCACGUUUUGGUUUUUGCCCUAACACUACACAGCUGAUUCAAAUUCAAAGCUUGAUGAUUAGUUGAUUAUUUGAAUCAGCUGUGUAGUGCUAGGGCUAAAACCAAAACAUGCACUCCUUGGGGUCCCGUGGACCAAGCUGUUUUCUUCUUGAGCGGAUGGACGGGGGGCCAGAACAUAAUUUACAAAUAAUUUUUAGACUGCAAAAGCCCAAACAGAUAUAACUAAUAAUUUGACUAAAACAUAAUAAUUUCAAACCUUGUUUACAUUUGUAUACAAUCACGUCUUUCUGUUAUGCGUGGGAAUAUUUGGGAACAGAUUUCCAAAAUUAAAAUAAAUUUGAGCUGAUUUCCUGGUGUUUUUACAGUGUUUUAUGUCCAACAAUGAAAAUUCCCCCCCAAAAGAAUACAAAAUAAUUAUUAGUUUUUGCUCAGAAACUUGGGGGGGGGGGGGGGGGGGGGGGGGGAUGGGGGGGGGAACCCUGCUGUAGUGGGUCUAAACUGAAAUACGAUAAUGUACUCACUCAGAGUAUGUGUUACUAUUGUGUAUGUCAGGGUUCUUCAAUUCCGGUCCUGGAGGGCCGAAACACUUCUGUUUUUUAUUUCUACCUGGUAGUUAAUUGCACUCACCUGGUGUCCCAGGUCUGAAUUAGCCCCUGAUUAGAAGGAGAGGAUGAAAAACAGGUGUUUCGAGGUGUUUCGGCCCUCCAGGACCGGAAUUGAAGAACCCUGGUGUAUGUUGUUUGGUUUUUAAAGAGCCACUGAACACCCGGAUUGGCAUGUGUGUUUUGCUGUUGCUCAUUAGAAAAACGAGAUUUCAGCCUUGGCGGUGUGUUUCCUGACCGAUUCCACGUUUGGUUAAUGAUGUUUGUCCCUCAUGACACACUGUAAACGCGGAAGCCUAUUUCACUUCCUCAAAAUCCCCAGAAUGAUUCUAAGAUAUAGAUUUUUUCAGUUAAUUAAUUUUGAUGUUUUUGCAGAGGAUGUUUUAGUUGUGCAAUUUUACAUCUAACUAUGGUGUUUGGUGCAGUAUUUCUCAAGUUGGAAAAUGCACGACAUGUUGUCUUAUGUAAACAAAGUCGGAGCUGCAGGGUAGGUCUUUCUCACUGUCUAUGCUAUUGGAUAAACAGCAGCUGUUCACCCCAUGUUAAUGGGCAAAUGGACACUGUCAAAUCAAAACCCAACCUUCAUUUACCCGUUGUGAUGCACGGAUGUUCCAAACUUCGUUUUAGAUGAGACUGACUUUAUGACCAAAAUUAUCCUAUUUACACUUUGUAGUCAAUUUUGACAGUAGAAUAACUGUUUCUGGCUCAUAUAGAUGCCACAUAGGCCGUUUUCAAAGGGAUUCGUUGCUUUUUAAAGGCAGUCGCUCUCUAAAUCAACUGUUAGAUUAUCUCAAUGGCAUAUUCCAAUUCAAAUACCUAUUGAACAGUCAAAUUUGAACAUGGAUACUACUGCCCUCUCUCCUGUGUGUGUAGUGUGUUGUGAAGCCCUGCCACAUGGGUGUGCGCUGCAUCAACACCUCUCCAGGGUUCCGCUGUGGCCCCUGUCCCACUGGCUACACUGGCCCCCAGGUGCAGGGUGUAGGCCUCUCCUACGCCACUAAAAACAAACAGGUAGCAAUUUUGAAUUUCGACACCCACCAUCUCAGAUUGUUCUGAAAUCGUUUCGAUAGAUACAGAUACAAUUAGCAUUCCUGAAACAUACAUUUUGUUGAAAUAUAAUUUUCUCUGCGAAAUUAAGCUAAUUGAUUGCACCCAAAUUGGCCAUUUUAAUUUAUAGGAUUCAGAUAUUUAAUAAAAAUAGUACCCAACAUCCGAUUUGGACUAAACUAAAUCUAAUUUUAGGGUCAAAAGCCACCCACGGACCCCCCCACACCAAUCCCACCACAACAACCAGUAAACAGUAUCAGUUUUCUAUGUAGUGUGAAGCUGUGGCUUGCAGUAUUGCUUCUCCAUACUAUGUAAAUGUUUUCCCUGUGAAUCUGGUGAUGGUUUUUCCCCGUUCAUAGAAAUUAGUCAUUGAAGUCACUUGCAUUAUUUACCAUAAAGAAGUGUGAAAGUACCAGGUUUUCACCACUAGAUGCCACUGCUACUGCUAUUCCGCCACACUCUUUUAUCAAUUUUGCUGGUCUCUUGUGUUUAUUAAAGAUAUUUCCUUUGCAACCUAGGGUAGAAAACCAACAGAUUUGUCUCAUUAUGAAAAUUGUGUGGUCAUCCUCACAAUUCAAGCCAGUCCUUAAUGAAAGCAAUUCAGUUUGUGCUAAUAGCAACCUAAUGCUUCUACCCAACUCUCCUUGAAUAGUCCAACAAGUGGCUGCUUUUUGAGAGGGCUAUUCCUAUGCAAUUCUCAUAUGAAGACUUUUCCUACAAGCCCAAAACUAUAAUGGAGAAAGGGGCUAGGGAUUAAAAUGUUGUGACAACCCUAAUAAAAUAAUGAAUUGCAUGGCAGUCUUUGUUUUUCAAUAAAAUGAUCAGUAAACAUUUCUAAAUGUAUUGUGAUUAGUGACAUUCACCAUUGAACCCAACGCAAUACAAUACCAUUACAAUUGCAAAACACUAUAAAAUGUGUGUUUGGGACGUUUACUAUUGAAGACCAUUAGAGACCAUAACAUUGAACUGAUGUAACCAAUGGUUUGCUUGUUCACCAGGUAUGGUUUAACAGUAACUAAUCCAGCCCUUUUUUGAAGGGGACACAUAUUAAGCGUAAAAGAACAACACAAUUAUUUACUUUCAUGCAGGAUUGGCUUGAGUUGUGAGGAUGACCACACAAUUUAUUUUAACCAUGAGCCAAAUCUAUUGGUUUUCUACCCAAGGUUACACUUUUUGGGGGGCUGAUCUAUUUGAUAAACACAAGAGACCAGCGAAAUUGAUUUUUUUUAAAAAGUGUGGCGGUAUAGCAGGAACAGUGGCAUCUAUACUGAAUAACGCAACAUGUAACAAUUUCAAAGAUUUGACUGAGUUACAGUUCAUAUUAGAAAAUCUGUCAAAUGAAAUAAAUUCAUUAGGCCCUACUCUAUGAAUUUCACAUGAAUAUAGAUAUGCAUCUGUUGGUCACAGAUACCUUACAAAAAAGGUAGGGGAAUGGAUCAGAAAACUAGUCAGUAUCUGGUGUGACCACCAUUUGCGUCAUGCAGCGCGACGCAUCUCCUUCGCAUAGAGUUGAUCAGGCUGUUGAUUGUGGCCUGUGGAAUGUUGUCCCACUCCUCUUCAAUGGCUGUGUGAAGUUGCUGGAUAUUGGCGAGAACUGGAACACGCUGUCGUACACGUCGAUCCAGAGCAUCCCAAACAUGUUCAAUCGGUGACAUGUCUGGUGAGUAUGCAGGCCAUGGAAAAACUGGGACAUUUUCAGCUUCCAGGAAUUGUGUACAGAUCCUUGCGACAUGGAGCUGUGCAUUAUCAUGCUGAAACAUGAGGUGAUGGCAGCAGAUGAAUGACAAGACAAUGGGCCUCAGGAUCUCGUCACAGUAUCUCUGUGCGUUCAAAUUGCCAUCGAUAAAAUGCUAUUGUGUUCGUGGUCCGUAGUCCGUAGCUUAUGCCUGCCCAUACCAUAACCCCACCUCCACAAUGGGGCACUCUGUUCACAACAUUGACAUCAGCAAACCGUUCAACCACACAACGCCAUACACGCUGUCUGCCAUCUGCCCGGUACAGUUGAAACCGGGAUUAAUCCGUGAAGAGCACACUUCUCCAGCGCGCCAGUAGCUAUCGAAGGUGAGCAUUUGCCCACUGAAGUCGGUUACGAAGUUGAACUGCAGUCAGAUCAAGACCCUGGUGACGACAAUGACCACGCAGAUGAGCUUCCCUGAGACGGUUUCAGACAGUUUGAGCAGUUUCAUCAGCUGUCCAUGUGGCUGGUCUCAGACGAUCACGCAGGUGAAGAAGCCAGAUUUGGAGGUCCUGGGCUGGCGUGGUUACACAGGCUCUGCGGUUGUGAGGCCGGGUGGACGUACCACCAAAUUCUCUAAAACGACAUUGGUAGAGAAAUGAACAUUCAAUUCUCUGGCUACAGCUCUGGUGGAUAUUCCUGCAGUCAGCAUGCCAAUUGCACGCUCCCUCAAAACUUGAGACAUCUGUGGCAUUGUGUUGUGUGAAAAAACGGCACAUUUUAGAGUGGCCUUUUAUUGUCCCCAGCACAAGAUGCACCAGUGUAAUGAGGGCUGUUUAAUCAGCAUCUUGAUAUGCCACACCUGUCAGGUGGAUGGACUAUCUUGGAAAGGAGAAAUGCUCACUAACGGGGAUGUAAACAAAUUUGUGCACAACAUUUGAAAGAAAUACCCUUAUGCGUAUGGAACAUUUCUGGGAUCUUUUAUUUCAGCUCAGACCCACACUUUACAUGUCACGUGUAUAUUUUUGUUCAGUGUAGUAGUAAAAACCUGGUACUUUCACACUACUUUAUGGUAAAUAAUGCAAGCGACUUCAAUUACUAAUUUAUCUGAACAGGGGAAGAAAACAUCACCAGAUUCACAGGGAAUACAUUACAUAGUAUGGAGAAGCAAUACGCCAAUAUGCAGCUUCAUACUACUUGUCAAACAGAGAACUGAUACUGUAUACUGGUUGUUGGGGUGGGCUUGAUAUGGGGUGUAGAGGGUCCGUGGGUGGCUUUUGACAAUUUUUUGGUAGGAAGAAGUUUGGUCCAAAUCGGAUGUUGGGAACUAUAUUUAUUUGAAUUAUCUGAAUCUUAUAAAUUAAAAUGGCCAAUUUAGAUGCAAUCAAUUAGCAACAUUUCUGAGAUAAAAUUACAUUUCAACAAAAUAAUGUUUCAGGAAUGCCAAUCUUAUCUGUUUGUAACUACAGAAGCAAUUUCAGAACGAUCUGAGAUAGUGGGUGUCAUGGCUUGCUGAAAUGACAUGGAACGACUCGCUGGCAUUUGUAAGGUUUUGCUUGAAGAUGGAAGAUUUAUGCAUUAGGGCUUUCUUUUGUAUUUGAAUCCUACCCAGGUCUGUAAGGACAUCAAUGAAUGCGAAGGACCCAAGAAUGGCGGUUGUGUGGAAAAUUCCAACUGUGUGAACACACCUGUAAGUAUCAUUAAAAGUCGAUGCCACUCAAAUAUAUAUCUCAUUAGGAAAUCCAGAGGUCUUUCCUCUCUUAGGUUUUGAGGGGGGAACUAAGUUUCUGCUGUGGUGGCUGUGUGUUGUUGUCAGGGCUCGUUUAAGUGUGGCCCUUGUAAGGCAGGCUAUGUUGGGGAUCAGCUCAAGGGCUGUAAGCCUGAGAGAGCGUGUGGUAAUGGCCAGCCCAACCCCUGCCAUGCCAGCGGAGAGUGCAUUGUCCAACGAGAUCGGAAAAUUGUGUGUCAGGUAAUUGGAUACAAUUCUGUUGCAAUGGAUCAAUAUGAAUUUGAAUACAGCCUAAAUGUAUACUGCUCCUUUAACAUAUUUUGUCUAUAGCUUUCUUUUGGAUGCAGAUUGCUCUCUAUUGAUUCAGCUGCUGUAGCUGAAAUGGAAUUGAAUGCUAAUUGACAUUCCAUAUACAAUACAGUACAGUCCAUAACUCUGACUUUAUCCUGAUUCACAGUGUGGGGUGGGAUGGGCUGGCAAUGGCUACUUCUGCGGCUCUGAUAUUGACAUUGAUGGCUUCCCUGAUGAGAAACUGGAAUGCACCGAGAGGAACUGUGCCAAGGUAAUAUAUUUGUAUAUCCUUGAAAAGACUACGAAAAUCCAUGACUAUACUAUUUUGAAUGUGAACGGAAAAAAAGCAGAAAAUUAAGUCACUGUUAUAUGCUUUAUAUACUUACUUUUAGGAUAACUGUCUAACAGUACCCAACUCUGGCCAAGAGGAUGCAGACAAGGAUGGCAAAGGAGAUGCCUGUGAUGAGGAUGCAGAUGGGGAUGGAAUCCUAAAUACACAGGUUACUGAUCUCUUUCUCCAGCAACUGAUGUUUUGCUGUGUCAUGUUUACGACAGGUCUUUUCACUGAUUUUGUAUCUUAGUGUAAAGACAGGCUCUGAUGCCUCUUUGGUAGGACAACUGUGUGCUGGUACCAAAUGUCAACCAAAGAAAUGUGGACGAAGAUGACUUUGGAGACGCCUGCGACAACUGCCGUAUGAUCAAAAACAAUGACCAGAAAGACACUGAUGUUGAUAGACUGGGUGAUGAAUGUGACGAAGACAUUGAUGGCGACAGUAAGUGUGCAUGUAGAGUUCUGCCAUAUCGGUCAUUCAUGUCAAUUGACAUGUCAACUACUGUUACCUACUUCCAGGAAUCCCCAAUAAUCUGGACAACUGCAAAAGGGUUCCCAAUGCUAACCAGAAGGAUCGAGAUGGGGACAAAGUCGGAGAUGCUUGUGACAGUUGCCCCUACGUUCAAAACCCUGACCAGGUCUGGUUUCUGAUUUCCAUGUUUGGCUGUACUUGUAUUCAUCCUAAUCAUUACGGCAUGUUGUACCAGAAUGACAACUAUCGAUGUUCGAGUGAUAUUUUAUGUGUUUGACACAGUUGGAUAUGGACAACGAUUUGAUUGGAGACCCUUGUGACACCAAUAAGGACAGGUAUAGGAGUGUUACUAGCUUUCUUGUUGCCUCCCUGCCUUUAACCAGUGUAGACCUGUGCGUGGUGUUCCAAUCUAUUGGUACGCCAUUACUAAAAACGACCUAACACUCCUUAUUUUAUAUGUUAUGUAAUGACUUUGGUUUGACACAUCAACUUUCAGAAUCCCACAACAGUGAGGACAACUGUAAAAUGGUUUCCAAUGCUGAAUCCUACCCCUCGGUCUUGGUCUCCUUGUGUUUUUCUCUACUAUUCUCAGUGAUGGUGACGGUCACCAGGACUCUCAGGACAACUGCCCUGCAGUCAUCAACAGCUCCCAGCUGGACACGGACAAGGACGGCCUGGGGGACGAGUGUGACGAUGAUGAUGAUGAUGAUGGUAUUCCUGACCUUCUGCCCCCAGGACCGGACAACUGUCGCCUUAUCCCCAACCCUCUGCAGGAGGACUCUGACGGUGAGUUCAGCACUUUUUCAGUCCAGUUUCCAAAAAGUUAUCCAAUAUAUCUGUGUAAUGUUGACAGUAAUAUUAUCCGGUGUCUUAAAAGUCACAUAUUGCAUCAAUCUCCUUGUUACAGGUGAUGGUGUUGGGAACGUGUGUGAGAACGACUUUGACAACGACACCAUCAUUGACAGCAUCGAUGUGUGCCCGGAGAACGCUGAGGUCACUCUCACAGACUUCAGGGCCUACCAGACAGUGGUGCUGGACCCAGAGGGAGACGCACAGAUAGACCCUAACUGGGUGGUGCUCGAUCAGGUAUGUGUAUACAGAUGUAGGAUCUUAAUUUAAGCCAGUUUGCUAUAGCAGGAAAAUAAUCAUGUAGCAACUUUUGUAGGGGUUGAUACAUUUUUCGUUAGGUCAAAUCAAGUUUGAAAUGUCAAAGUGGAAAUUGCAAACUUUAGAAGCCUUUUUAAAACUCAAAUACACUUCAAGUUUGCAUUUCCUGCUAUGCAGGAAAAUUCUCAGCAACAAAAAAGUAAUCAAAUUAAGAUCCUACAUCUGUAUUGAUGCAUGCAUUACAUCUAAUACAAUAAGUCCAAGGGUGUUACAGUAUAUACAAAUCAGUGCCAACCCACUGGGCACAGAUGUCAGUUCAACGUCUAUUCCACGUUGGUUCAACGUAAUUUCGUUGAAAUGACGUGGAAACAACGUUGAUUCAACCAGUGUGUGCCCAGUGGCAAGAGACAUUUUAACUGCUUAAGUUCCAUAAUCUUCUCUGUUUCUCUUUCCACAGGGAAGAGAGAUCGUCCAAACUAUGAACAGUGACCCUGGACUGGCUGUUGGUAAGAGCAACAAUCACGCGGUCUCACGUUGGAUUCAUUCAAUAAAUCAAGUUGUAUGUGACAUUCUCAAACGCAUCCUGACCCAAACUCACGCCAUUCCUUCAAGGUUACACAGCUUUCAACGGCGUUGACUUCGAAGGGACAUUCCAUGUGAAUACCGUAACGGACGACGACUAUGCAGGGUUAAUCUUUGGCUACCAGGACUCUUCCUCCUUCUAUGUAGUGAUGUGGAAACAGGUUAAGCAAAUCUAUUGGCAGGCCAAUCCAUUCAGAGCUGUGGCAGAACCAGGGAUCCAACUGAAGGUACAACAAAAUCCUAUACGCACAUCUUAUAUGACUAUUAUCUAGUCAUGUAGUAAAAGUCACUUAUGUUAAUAUACAUAUGUAGGAUCUUAAUUUGACCAGUUCUCACAUUAGGAAAAUAAUCCUGCAGCAAUCGGAAAUGUGAAAUAUUGUGUGGAUUAUAAUUAAUGGAAGAAAAAACCCCACUGGGCACAGACGUCAAUUCAACGUCUAUUCCACGUUGGUUCAAUGUAAUUGUGAAGAAAUGUCCGCAACUCCGAUAUGCUCCUAUGGUGAUUUAAAUCAGACGUACAAUAAACACAACAUUUUUGUGCGUCUGAUUAAAUCACCAUGGGAGCAUACCAGAGUUGCGGACAUUCCUUUUUUCUUUGAUAUGUUCUUCUGUCCUGCACCUGAUAAUUUGGAUGUGCAUAUUUUUCUAUUUUGUCUAUUACAAUUAUAGCACAUUUUCAGUUUUCCCUUCCCCACUCAAACCACUCCCAGAGAGUCCUAGCAAAAUUAUUGCUUGAGAAAUUGCUCUUUGCUAAGAAGCAUUUUCUUCCCCUUUUUGACCAUUUUAAUUGAAAACAAUCACAGUAAGAUACUUAAUUGUUACCCAGAAAGGAUUUGAUAGAGAUAAAAACGGCUUCAUGUCUUAUCAUCAUACUAUCCAUAUAGUAUUCAUUACCACAAUAGGCUAAAUCUUCCAGUCUAACACAACUAUUUGGGUUUGAGAUGGUCUUGCACCUGAUAAAUUGGAUGUGCAUAUUUUUCUUUUUUUCCCAAUUAUAAUUCAUGGACAUUUUUAGUUAGGGCAAAUCAAGCAUAAAAUGUUAAAUGGAAAAUACAAACUCUAGAAGCCUUUUUAAACCUUGAAUUCCUGCAACUACAGGGUGAUCAAAUUAAGUUCCUAUAUACACAUCUGUACAAAUUCAUGCAAACAUGCCACAACUCUGACCUACACACGACUAGCCCUUUCUAGGUAAUACUCAUAGGGCCAGUUUCCUAGACCAAUAUUAAGUCUACCCCUGGACUAAAAACCAGCUCAACGGAGAAUAUAUACAUUUUCCAGUUUCUUAUCUGAAAUAUUAAUACACCUGCCCAGAUUGAUACAUUGGAAGAGAUCUACAGUUCUGUAACAGUGCUGCCUAUACAAUUGUGUUGUCGACUAGGCUGUGAAGUCCAACACGGGACCAGGGGAGAAUCUACGCAACUCCCUGUGGCACACUGGGGACACCAGUGACCAGGUGAAGCUGCUGUGGAAAGACGCCCGCAAUGUGGGCUGGAAGGACAAGACUUCCUACCGCUGGUUCUUGCAACACAGGCCCCAAGAUGGCUACAUAAGGUAGUACGCUGCUAUCAGACACACCUCAUAGGCGUCUGAUGGCUUUUGGUGCAGUUUGCCAUCAAUGACCUUCUCCUUUCAUAAUACAUUAAAGGCCCAGUGCAGUCAAAAACGUGAUUUUCCUGUAUUUUAUAUAUAUUUACACACUAUGGGGUUGGAAUAAUACUGUGAAAUUUAUGAUAAUACCCUUUUAGUGUAAGAGCUUUUUGAAAAGACCGCCUGAAACUUCCGCCUGUUUUGGUGGGAGGGAGUGUUAGCCUUCCAUGGUGACAUCACCAUGCGGUAAAUUAGUUAAUAGACCAAUAAGAGUUCCAAUCCUCUCUGCCAAUAAAAGCAAAUGUUCAAUUUUCCCCUCCCCACUCAAACCACUCCCAGACAGUCCUAGCUCAAUUCUUGCUUGAGAAAUUGCUCUUUGCUAAGAAGCUAUUUUUGUUAAUUUUUUUUACCAUUUUAACAGAAAACAAUCACAGUAAGCUAUUUAAUUGUUACCCAGAAAUUAUUUGAUAUUGAGAUAAAAAACGGCUGCAUUCGAACUUUAAAUUACAAUUUGUGGCAUUGUGUACAACUGAUUGGACUGAAAACAUUUGAUAAGAUAUUCAUAUUUUUCCUUUUUGUGACCACAUACUGUUGAACUUGAACAACAUGAAAUUACUAUCAUGAAUGUUUUCUAUCAUCAUCAUACUAUCCAUAUGGUAUUCUUUACCACAAUAGGUUACAUCGUCCAGUCGUAACACAACUGUUCUGGUUUGAGAUGGUCUUAAGUUGGCUGCAUUAACACAGAUUGGUGAAAAUACAAAUAAUUGGGCAAAAGAUCAGAAUUGAACUGCCUGUGUAAUUGCAACCUUUGUCAGAUUUUGGAGUUCCUAACUGGUCUCGAUCUAUGCAUGUGUGUGUCAUGUUCAGGGUGCGUUUCUAUGAGGGUCCUCAGAUAGUGGCAGACACAGGUACCAUCAUAGACACCACCAUGAGAGGAGGCAGACUGGGUGUCUUCUGCUUCUCCCAAGAGAACAUCAUCUGGGCUAACCUACGCUACCGCUGCAAUGGUGAGCAGCACACUAAUGCCACCCCCCACCCCACUUUAUUAGAAUACCCUUCUAACAAGCAGGAAGUAGAGGAGGGUGGGGACCAUAGGGAAUCAAUUAGGGAAGUAUUGCCUUGCAGCAUCCCGAUAAUAUAAUUCCUGUAUUGAGAAAUGGAUGAUACUGGUCUCUGACUAAAGAGGAACUACAUUUACUUGUGUUUCGUGCCUGCUUCUAUCCAUUCACAUUGUCAUGAAGUGAUACUGUGGCUGCAUUUACAGUGCCUUCAGAAAGUAUUCAUACCCCAUUUACUUAUUCCACAUAUUGUUGUGUUACAGCCCGAAUUCAAAAUUGAUUAAAUAUAUUUUCCCCCUCACCCAUCUACACACAAUACCCCAUAAUGACGAAGUGAAAUUAUGUUUGCAGAUUUUUUUAUUUAUUAUUGAAAAUGAAAUACAGAAAUAUUUAAUUUACAUAAGUAUUCAAACCCCAGUCAAUACUCUGUAGAAGCACCUUUGGCGGUGAUUACAGCUUUGAGUCGUCUUGGGUAUGUCUGUAUCAGCCUCCAUUCUUCCUUGCAGAGUUUCUCAAGCUCUGUUAAGUUAGAUGGGGAGUGGCGGUGAACAGCAAACUUCAAGUCUUUCCACAGAUUCUCAAUGGGAUUCAAGUCUGGGCUUUGGCUGGGCCACUCAAGGACUUUCACAUUCUUGUUCUGAAGCCAUUCCAGCGUUGCUUUGGCUGUAUGCUUGUAAAUCUUCGCCCUAGUCAAAGGUCGUUUGCAAUCUGAAGCCAGUGGCGGUCGGUGCCGUUUAAGAUGAGGGAGGAUGAUUCUUUUUUUAUUAGCAUGGCCUUAUUUCUAUUAGAGCAUAUUGGAUGACUGUCAUUCAUAUUCCAUUCACCCAGCUCAAUGUAACAUCAAUAGGUUUAGGCUACUUACUACAUGAUACUCACAUUGUCCCUAUACCCAUCAUGAGGUUGCUACAACCUAGCCUAUGAAUGAAAGUUUACAACAUAGGUGCACAGAUAGAGAGAAAUGUGUGUAAUCAAAGUGACAGACAUUGACACCUUCAAUACUGCCUUGCAUAAUCCUGCCUGCAUCUAGCUGAUCUAGGGUGUAAUCAUUAGUCAAAAAGUUGCAAACGAGAGUUUCUAUUCAACAAAUUCAGGUAUGUUUAUCCCUGUUUCUUUCCGUUUAAGAAUCGGCUGAAUGAAUACACCCCUGAUCACACGCAAAUACAGUUGAUCCCUUUGAUCGUUGGAUAAUUCCUUCUCGCAUCUACGCGCUCUCCUCCUCUCACCUUUUCCCUUAGCUUUUUUUCACCUUUUCGACAUCAGUGCACAACACAUCAGCUGUCUUCCAUACCGAUCACUACAAACCAUUUCUGUAUGGACGUCGCUUUGUAUAAGGGGGCAUGCUGAAACAGGAAAGGGCCUUCCCCAAACUGUUGCCACAAAGUUGGAAGCACAGAAUCGACUAGAAUGUCAUUGUAUGCUGUAGCAUUAAGAUUUCCCUUCACUGGAACUAAGGGGCCUAGCCCGAACCAUGAAAAACAGCCCCACCCAGACCAUUAUUCCUCCUCCACCAAACUUUACAGUUGGCACUAUGCAUUGGGGCAGGUAGCGUUUUCCCAGAUUUGUCCGUCGGACUGCCAGAUGGUGAAGCGUGAUCCAUCACUCCAGAGAACGUGUUUCCCCUGCUCCAGAGUCCAAAUGGCGGCGAACUUUACACCACUCCAGCCGAUGCUUGGCAUUGCUUAUGGUGAUCUUAGGCUUGUGUGCGGCUGCUCGGCCAUGGAAACCCAUUUCAUGAAGCUCCUGACGAACAGUUCUUGUGCUGACAUUGCUUCCAGAGGCAGUUUGGAACUCGGUAAUGAUUGCUGCAACCGAAGAUAGAGGAUUUUUACGCGCUUCAGCACUCAACGGUCCCGUUCUGUGAGCUUGUGUGGUCUACCACUUCGCGGCUGAGCCGUUGUUGCUCCUAGACGUUUUCACUUCACAAUAACAGCAUUUACAGUUUGACUAACUGACUUGUUGGAAAGGUGGCACCCUAUGACGGUGCCACGUUGAAACUCACUGAGCUCUUCAGUACGGGCCAUUCUACUGCCAAUGUUUGACUAUGGAGAUUGCAUGGAUGUGUGCUAGAUUUUAUACGCCUGUCAGCAACGCGUGUGGCUAAAAUAGCUGAAGCCACUAAUUUGAAGGUGUGUCCAUAUACUUUUGGCCAUGUUGUGUAGCUACUAGAACUAACGUUUUAGUAAACCCGCUACAAUCAUGUAGUACAGUGUACAGUUAGCAAGCAGUUUAGCAUUUACACCGGCGGGCCCCGGUGGCAAUAAAUUAAUAAAACCAAAAACGUACCUUGACUUGGAAGCGUUCUUGUGUUGGAUAGCCAUAGUAAGCUAGGUAACAUAGCAUCCCUCUCUGUUUCAGCCGGGUGUUUGAGUAGGCUAAACUAGCUAGCUGCAUUCGCUAGCUAAGUACAGUGGGGGAAAAAAGUAUUUAGUCAGCCACCAAUUGUGCAAGUUCUCCCACUUAAAAAGAUGAGAGAGGCCUGUAAUUUUCAUCAUAGGUACACGUCAACUAUGACAGACAAAUUGAGAUUAUUUUUCUCCAGAAAAUCACAUUGUAGGAUUUUUUAUGAAUUUAUUUGCAAAUUAUGGUGGAAAAUAAGUAUUUGGUCACCUACAAACAAGCAAGAUUUCUGGCUCUCACAGACCUGUAACUUCUUCUUUAAGAGGCUCCUCUGUCCUCCACUCGUUACCUGUAUUAAUGGCACCUGUUUGAACUUGUUAUCAGUAUAAAAGACACCUGUCCACAACCUCAAACAGUCACACUCCAAACUCCACUAUGGCCAAGACCAAAGAGCUGUCAAAGGACACCAGAAACAAAAUUGUAGACCUGCACCAGGCUGGGAAGACUGAAUCUGCAAUAGGUAAGCAGCUUGGUUUGAAGAAAUCAACUGUGGGAGCAAUUAUUAGGAAAUGGAAGACAUACAAGACCACUGAUAAUCUCCCUCGAUCUGGGGCUCCACGCAAGAUCUCACCCCGUGGGGUCAAAAUGAUCACAAGAACGGUGAGCAAAAAUCCCAGAACCACACGGGGGGACCUAGUGAAUGACCUGCAGAGAGCUGGGACCAAAGUAACAAAGCCUACCAUCAGUAACACACUACGCCGCCAGGGACUCAAAUCCUGCAGUGCCAGACGUGUCCCCCUGCUUAAGCCAGUACAUGUCCAGGCCCGUCUGAAGUUUGCUACAGUGCAUUUGGAUGAUCCAGAAGAGGAUUGGGAGAAUGUCAUAUGGUCAGAUGAAACCAAAAUAGAACUUUUUGGUAAAAACUCAACUCGUCGUGUUUGGAGGACAAAGAAUGCUGAGUUGCAUCCAAAGAACACCAUACCUACUGUGAAGCAUGGGGGUGGAAACAUCAUGCUUUGGGGCUGUUUUUCUGAAAAGGGACCAGGACGACUGAUCCGUGUAAAGGAAAGACUGAAUGGGGGCAAUGUAUCGUGAGAUUUUGAGUGAAAACCUCCUUCCAUCAGCAAGGGCAUUGAAGAUGAAAUGUGGCUGGGUCUUUCAGCAUGACAAUGAUCCCAAACACACCGCCCGGGCAACGAAGGAGUGGCUUCGUAAGAAGCAUUUCAAGGUCCUGGAGUGGCCUAGCCAGUCUCCAGAUCUCAACCCCAUAGAAAAUCUUUGGAGGGAGUUGAAAGUCCGUGUUGCCCAGCGACAGCCCCAAAACAUCACUGCUCUAGAGGAGAUCUGCAUGGAGGAAUGGGCCAAAAUACCAGCAAGUGUGUGAAAACCUUGUGAAGACUUACAGAAAACGUUUGACCUGUGUCAUUGCCAACAAAGAGUAUAUAACAAAGUAUUGAGAAACUUUUGUUAUUGACCAAAUACUUAUUUUCCACCAUAAUUUGCAAAUUCAUAAAAAAUCCUACAAUGUGAUUUUCUGGAUUUUUUUUCCUCAUUUUGUCUGUCAUAGUUGACGUGUCCCUAUGAUGAAAAUUACAGGCCUCUCUCAUCUUUUUAAGUGGGAGAACUUGCACAAUUGGUGGCUGACUAAAUACUUUUUUCCCCCACUGUAAGUGAAAAAAAUAUGAAACAUAGCUAGUUCUUGCUCUCGCUUCUCUUUAAUUUUUGAAGAAAUUAAUUUGUUCAAAACUGUUCAACUAUAUUCUCUCUCUCUUUGAGUCAACUACUCACCACAUUUUAUAGCUAGUUGUAGCUUAUGAUUUCAGUACUAUACUGAACAAAACAUGUAGUGUUGGUCCAGUGUUUCAUGAACUGAAAUAAAAGAUCCUAGAAAUUUUCCAUAUGCACAAAAAGCUUAUUUCUCAUCUUUUGUGCACAAAUUUGUUUACAUCCCUGUUAGUGAGCAAUUCUCUUUUGCCAAGAUAAUCCAUCCACCUGACAGGUGUGGCAUAUCAAGAAGCUGAUUAAACAGCAUGAUCAUUACACAGGUCCACCUUGUGCUGGGGAUAAUAACAAUUUUGUCACCCAACACAAUGCCACAGACGUCUCAAGUUUUGAGGGAGCGUGAAAUCGGCAUGCAGACUGCAGGAAUGUCCACUAGAGCUGUUGCCAGAGAACUGAAUGUUCAUUUCUCUACGUCGUUUUAGAGAAUUUGGCAGUACGCCCAACCGGCCUCACAACCGCAGACCACGUGUAACCACGCCAGCCCAGGACCUCCACAUCCGGCUUCUUCACCUGUGGGAUCGUCUGAUACCAGCCACCCGGACAGCUGAUGAAACUGAGGAGUAUUUCUGUCUGUAAUAAAGCCCCUUUGUGGGGAAAUACCCAUUCUGAUUGGCUGGACCUGGCUCCCCAGUGAGUGGGCCUGGCUCCCAGGUGGCUUGGCCUGUGCCAUCCCAGGCCCACCGAUGGCUGCGCCCCCUGCCCAUACAUGUGAAAUCCAUAGAUUAGGGCCUAAUGAAUUAAUUUCAAUUGACUGAUUUGACUAUAUGAACUGUACCUCAGUAAAAUCGUUGAAAUUGUUGCGUUUAUAUUUUUGUUCAGUAUAGAUUUAUUCGCUGAUCCUGUGAUUGGGUGGACAACAUGUCAGUUCAUGCUGCAAGAGCUCUGAUAGGUUGGAGGACGUCCUCCAGAAGUUGUCAUAAUUACUGUGUAAGUCUAUGGAAGGGGGUGAUAACCACGAGCCUCCUAGGUUUUGUAUUGAAGUCAAUGUACCCAGAGGAGGAUGGACACUAGCUGUCCUCCGGCUACACCAUGGUGCUACCCUACAGAGUGCUGUUGCAAAACGUGAAUAUAUUUAGUAUAGAUUUAUCUAAAAAGGAUAACUUUAUUAAUGUUUCACUAUUUUUAUGAAAGUCACUGAGGAGGAUGGUCCUCCUCUGAGGAGACUCCACUGUCUGAAGUGGGCUCUCAUCAAGAAUUGGCCUGUAUUUGGCUCCAUUCACUGUUCCCGCUAUCCUUACCAGUCUCCCAGUCCCUGCCGCUGAAAAGCAUCCCCAUAGCAUGAUGCUACCACCCCCAUGCUUCACGGUAGGGAUGGUGUUAGAUGGGUGAUGAGCUGUGCCUGGUUUUCUCCAGACAUAGCGCUUUGCAUUCAGGCCAAAGAGAUUUGUCUCAUCAGACCACAUAAUCUUUUGCCUUAUAAUCUGUCUUUCACAAGCCUUUUUGCAAACUCCAAGCAUGCUGUCAUGUGUGGCUUCCAUCUGGCCACUCUCCCAUAAAGCGCAGAUUGGUUGAGUGCUGUAGAGACUGUUGUCCUUCUGGCAGGUUCUCCCAUCUCAGCCAAGGAACUUUGUAGUUCUGUCAGAGUGAUCAUUGGGUUCUUGGUCACCUACCUGACCAAGGUCCUUCUUGCCUGGUUGCUGAGUUUGGUCGGAUGGCCAGCUCUAGGCAGUCUGGGUAGUUCCAUAUGGAGACCACUGUGCUCUUGGAAACUUUCAACACUCCAGAAAUGUUUAUACCCUUCUCCAGAUAUAUACCUAAUCUUGGAGAUCUACAGACAGUUCCUUGGACUUCAUGGUACAGUUUCUGCUCUGACAUGCAUGGUCAACUGUGGGACCUUAUAUAGACAUGUGUUUCUUUCUAAAUCAUGUCCAAACAAUUGAAUUGGCCACAGGUGUACUCCAAUCAAGUUGUAGCGACGUCAAGGAUGAUCAAAGGACAUUAGAUGCACCUGAGCUCAAUUGGGAGCACUGUAUUGUAUUUCAUUUUCACUAAAUUUGCUAAGAGAGAAGAAUAUCUAAUCCAUUUUGAAAAACAAAAUGUGGAAUAAGUCAAGGGGUAUGAAUACUUUCAGAAGGCAUACAGUAUAUACAGUAGACUGCAUUUAAAUGACCUCUUGGUACACAUACAACUAGUUUGAGGCUUUAGAGAGAGAAGUUUGAGGCGUAAUUGUAUUGGUCCAUUGGAUGAUAGGUAUUGUAUUGUAGACAUUUGGAUGUACUUUACAGACACCAACUAACUUACAUGACUCAUGUAGGUAAGCCUAUUGCCAUGCAAGGAUUCCAUAUUGACUUAUCAUAUCUCCCUCUCCCUUUAGAUACAAUCCCUGAGGACUUUGACUCUUACCAAGUCCAACAGGUUCAGCUGCAGUUC